AUGCCAAUCUUUCUGCCUUCAAUUGAACCCAUUCUCGAUGGCGACUGCUUAUCUCUCAAGAAUAUUCAACUAGUCGACAUUUUUAGUCGAAAGCAUGCAUCAUUGCAACCUUGUCCAUCUCACUGGUAUCCGAAUGAAAUACUCAUUUACCAUGGGUACCUAGGGUGCUCUCCGUUGUUUCCCACUGUUGCUAUCUCUAUCUGCACACUCGCUGCAUUUCGGCAGGCUCACCAAACAUGUCCCCGAUUUAGCAUUCAGGCGCAAUGCAAAGCUUUAUGCCACCUCCAUCAUUUUUCGGACACCUAUGACAUAUAUCUCGAAAUCUUACAUCACGUCAACAUCCUCAUCAACAAAGCCCUUAACCGCAACACACCCAACUGGCGGCUUUUGAACUCCUGCCUGUGCUGCUUCUACAAGCUGCAGGACGAAGAAAGUCUGGCUCUGGAGUGGCUAGUCACUAUGGACGGUAACAAUAGCCUGAAGCGAUGGACGUCAUCAGCCACUGGCGGCACCACUACCCGAACUGAUUCACACAGGUUUUGCUCUGACUACUGGCUUGACUGCCCGACGGUUGAUAAAUUCAAGGAUGAAAACCCGACUGAGGGUGCUGACAACUGGCAAGAUGUUGAGCAGACAGAAACAGCACCCUCAUUCACUUGUGUUGACCAGUGGCAAAAUGCUGGUCCAGAACAACGCAAAAGGAUGUUUUCGGUGUUCGACGAAUCAGGGAUAUUUAUUGCCGCUUGUCGACACCGGUUGAUCCUUCUCACGUGUGAUAUGGUUAAGAGCGGUGAACUUGCAAAAUAUCCAUUGGCGAUUGUUGAUCAACUGCUAACUGUUUAUGGCAGAAAUGGAGGUUUUGCAUACGACAUCGGUUGCGCAUUUGCAAAGACGCUCGCCUGUGGAGAAGUUGUCUGCACAUUGGGAACAGUACUUUGGGACCGCGCGCUUCUGACCUCAACUUUCGGAUGA